AUGUCGCAAAGCAAAGGGGCCGGCACACCGCCAGAGCCUGAUGUGUGCACUGCCGCCGCUGCAACGUCGCCUUCCAAUGGGUCAAACCCAAGCCAGCAUAAUGUUACCGCAAGGGAUCCCACAUCGCAGCCCCUUGAUCUGAUGAGAAGAAAUCAGCCAACCGACACCAAUAUGCGUGCCCAACCCGAUAGGUCUCGUAGUAGAGCCAAAAGACGCUUUAGUGGAAGCACCGCAACUAGCACCCAUAGCCAAGGAAGCGACCGUGGUGCCCACCGUGAAAAAGAAGAGGCGAAACCCGCCCCCUGGGGUACAAUCGGUAUUUGUGCAUUGGACAUCAAGGCAAGAAGCAAGCCCAGCCGAAACAUCCUUAACCGUCUCAUUGCGAAUCGGGAUUUCGAUGUAGUGGUGUUUGGUGACAAGGUCAUUCUCGAUGAAGAGGUUGAAAACUGGCCCGUGUGUGAUUAUUUGAUAUCCUUCUACUCUGACGGCUUUCCACUGGAAAAGGCCAUCGCAUAUGUAAAGGCGCGAAAACCAUUUUGCGUCAACGAUGUGCCUAUGCAAAAGGUUUUAUGGGACCGACGUGUCUGCCUCCGCCUUCUCGACAAAAUCCAAGUUCGCACGCCGAAGCGCUUGGAAGUGAAUCGUGAUGGUGGUCCACAAGUCUUGACAUCAGAAAUGGUGAAACACAUCAAAGACAUUUCUGGCAUAACCAUAGAGCCCCUGGACGCGACGACGGCGACCCGGCCGACAAAAGUUGAGCUACUUGACGAUGGCGAUACGUUGAGUGUUGACGGCCGUGUCUUAAAAAAGCCUUUUGUCGAAAAGCCGACCAGUGGUGAGGACCACAACAUUAUCAUCUACUUUGCCAAAAGCUCAGGGGGUGGCGCCAGAAAAUUGUUUCGAAAGAUUGGCAACAAGAGUUCCGACUACGUCGCGGAUCUCUCGGUACCCCGAGCUAUUACUGAGCCCGAAGGAAGCUACGUAUACGAGAGCUUCAUGCAAGUGGACAAUGCCGAGGAUGUGAAGGCAUACACUGUUGGACCCAACUAUUGCCAUGCAGAAACUCGCAAGUCCCCUGUAGUAGAUGGCAUCGUGAGGCGAAACACACAUGGCAAGGAGUUGCGCUACGUCACUAGUCUCAGUGCCGAGGAGAGAGAAACGGCAAGCCGGAUCUCGACGACAUUCGGACAGCGUGUCUGUGGAUUCGAUCUUCUCAGGGCAGCAGGAAAGAGUUACGUAAUCGAUGUCAAUGGUUGGAGUUUUGUCAAGGAUAACGAUGAUUACUACGAGCAUUGUUCCAACAUUCUUCGAGAUCUCUUUGUCAGGGAAAAGCUUUGUCGGGGAGGGGGGACACCACCUUUACCUUCGCCAGAAACAACAGACUUCGACCCGAUGACUAAAAGCGUACAGCAGAAUAAGGAGCGCGAACAACAACAAUCAGGGCCUGCGUCCACGUCCACGUCGAGGUCUACAAGGGGACAAGCAGCGGCGACGGAGUCUCAAAAUGGAGAUUCCGGCCAGAAGGUACCGGUCGAAGCGACAUCCCCUCGUCCCGAGAGCACCUUCAAUUCGACUGUUCCAAGCAACUCUGCGAGCCCUCACCUACCACCGCCUGCAGAGCUUGCUCUGCCCAGCAGCUCCACAACUGCCUCCUCUGUUCAAUCUGGAUCUAUAUCUGCUCAACCUACGCAGGCACCCAACGAAGAGGCGCCAGCUCAACCACCACCCCCUCCCAAACAUUCUUGGAAAUUGAAGGGAAUGGUCUCUGUCAUCCGACAUGCUGACCGCACGCCAAAGCAAAAAUAUAAAUUCACGUUUCACACUGAUCCGUUCAUUGCCCUCCUUAAAGGUCACCAGGAGGAAGUCCUCCUCAUAGGGGAAGCUGCGUUGGCAAGCGUCAUCCAGGCUGUCGACGUAGCAUAUGAGGCCGGCAUAGAGGAUCGAGGAAAACUCAGGGCCCUCCGCAAUGCACUAGUCAAAAAGGGUAGCUGGGCAGGCACAAAGGUGCAAAUCAAACCAAUGUUUAGGCAAAAGAUACUGGACGGCGCUCCAGCAACCGUCGAGGCGCCAGCGGCACUGGACGUGGUUGAAUCCCCUUCAGAAGGAAAUAGUAGGAAUGGGGAAUGUGAUGGCAGUGACUGCACACCACGAUCCGGCUCGAGACGACACGAUUCCCUUUCUGGCGUCACCAUGUCCAAGUUCACAGCCGCGGAGGAAAGCUUGGUCCUUGACAAGCUGCAGCUUAUUGUCAAAUGGGGCGGGGAGCCAACACACUCAGCACGAUACCAAGCACAAGAACUGGGAGAAAACAUGCGCAAUGACUUUAUGCUCCUAAACAGGGAUAUCUUUGAUGAGGUUCAUGUUUUUAGCAGCUCGGAACGAAGAGUGAGCGCAAGCGCUCAAAUCUGGGCGUGCUCGUUCCUGGACCGAAACGACUUGCCUGAAGAUUUCAUCACCACGCGGAAAGAUUUACUCGACGAUUCAAAUGCUGCCAAAGACGAAAUGGACAAGGUGAAGAAGAAGUUGAAGGGCCUGCUCCGAAAGGGCAAUGAGCGUCCAGCCCAGUUUGCCUGGCCUGAGAACAUGCCUGAACCUUCCGAGGUCCAAACCCGGGUAGUCCAACUCAUGAAUUUCCACAGACGUGUCAUGCAACACAACUACGGCAAACUGUACAAUGGCCCAGCCUCGUCUCUCGGCGCUAUUUCCAACCCCAGCUCAGAGAGACUGAGUAUGGAAGGUUCUUCCGCAUCGAUUUCGUCUCUUUCACACGCGAAUGCGGUCAGCAGUAUCCAAUCCCGCUGGUGCAGCAGCGAGGAUGCCGAGCUGUUCCGUGAACGUUGGGACAAGUUGUUCUCUGAAUUCUGCGAUGGCGAUAAGGUAGACCCGAGCAAAAUUUCAGAGCUCUACGAUACAAUGAAAUUCGACGCACUUCAUAAUCGACAAUUCCUGGAAUGGGUCUUUACGCCACCAAAAAGCAUGCUGGAGGACGAGUACUCCCAGGUGGAGAGAAAACGGAAAGACACUGACGCGGGCAAAACAUGCGAAGAUGCAAAGGGCCAAAACGGCAGCUCUGACGGUUCCGACAAGGCCGAUGCUUCAAAUCGAUCUGUCAAGAAGCUCUUCCGCCGGCGAUCAUUCCUCAGCAACGUCAGACACAUGGAUGAUGAAGCCCUUCCCGAGCAGUACUUUCGAUUGUACAAAGGGACCAACCAGACAGUGACGAAAUCGGAUCCACGGACCGAGCCUCUGCAAGAAUUGUACAGACUAGCAAAGGUGUUGUUUGACUUUAUUUGUCCUCAGGAAUACGGCAUUUCCGACAGCGAGAAGCUCGAAAUUGGAUUGUUGACGUCUCUUCCGCUCCUCAAGGAGAUUGUCCAGGACCUGGAAGAGAUGCAAGCUUCUACCGAUGCCAAGGCUUUCUUCUACUUCACCAAAGAAUCCCACAUAUACACCCUCCUCAACUCCAUCAUCGAGGGAGGUGUCGAGACCAAGAUCAAACGCAGCACAAUUCCCGAGCUAGAUUAUCUGUCUCAAAUAUGUUUUGAGCUUUACGAAUCCGAGAGCAAGACAGCAGCCGAGAGCGCAUCUGGUGACGAAUCGACGUUUACGUACAGCAUCCGCAUCACCAUCAGUCCUGGUUGCCACGUUUUUGAUCCCCUGCACGUGCAGCUCGACAGUCGACACUGCAUUGGCUGCGCCCCAAGACGCAGCUUGACUCCACACAUAGACUGGCUGCAAGUCAUCAAGACGCUUCGCGCCAAGUUCAACCAGGUCAAGCUUCCCAAAACAUUCCUGGCGGUGAAUCUCUCGGACGCCUUCACCUUUGAGGAGCAAGAACGGCUCGCCGGCGAUGCUGAACUAUUACAGAUGAAAACUCUGCCACCAGAGGAUUGGCUCUCUGGCGCUGCUGAGUUGGAAACAAGUGACACGACGCCAGUCAAUGAAAGCGAAAUGGAAACGGAGGAGCCCAGCGGCGCGACGACCCCUUCGCGAUGA